CCUUGCUCGAUGAGAUUGCGAAUAGCUUCUUCUGUCUGCUUCCUCUUGUUGGGGCUGGUCGACGGUGGCUAAUGUUGUGGCUGCCGCAAGAAGCAGGAGGUGUGAUCGUCCCUGCCCAAGAGAACACAAAAGCUUGUUGGCUCGGCGCAGUAACUCGGUUGGGUCAACGCCGUGAUUAUUUCUAAUAAAUCCUCCCCCGCUCUGCGCAACAAAAGAUCUCUUGCGCUGCGCAGAAAUAGCCAUCUGCCUCCACAAGGAAGAUGGCAUCUUUUCCCAUUUGCCCACACAGAGCUUCCAACAAUCCCGCACAUUUUGAGGCUGCUGCAGGCGCCCCAAUCCCGAAGCAUCACUGCUGCAUAACUGGAUCGACGCAGCCAAGAGGGACCCAAGAUUUUUGUCACCGCAUUCAAGCCUUGGUUUCAGAAUUGCAAACCUGACGAUCCCCUGACCAAUUCGUCCCAUUCCGAUUCACCGGUUCUGUACUCUGUGGAUUUGCAAGUACACGCCGGUGAUGGGCUUACCGCUUCAGAUAGAAACCCGUCAGUGCCGUGGCGCUGCCAAGUGGAUGUCGUCGACCUCUAGCCCGUACCACUAACGGGGCGAUACUAGACUCCGACAUGUUUAUCCCAUCGCCAGGCUCGGGAGACGAAAGCUGGUCUGCCAGUUUCAUCGCUUCAUGUACGCAUUGCGUUAUGAGGUCGCUUGAUUGAUGAGGUUGUUCCACUACCCCAGAUGGCUUUCCCCAAGAAACAGCAUGCACCCUACCACCCAUUGGCCCAAGCAAAGCUCUCGGAUGCUACCCCUGAAUGCCACUAACCCCUGCUGUCCAUAAGUUACAUACUAGUGAACGGGGCGAUGGGACCGCGGGGAUUUGCUACGCGAUGCUGCUGAACCCUCACCCUGGCCUUUAGGUUACCGGGGACACUCUUUAAAGACGAAAGAGAUCCACGCUCCUGGGGAGCCAAGUAGCUAGCCUCACCUUGACUCUCUCACUCUUCUUGCCUGCUGGGUCUGUGACAAGACAGAGCCAUGUCCAGCAGCCCUUGUUUGAGUACCACCGUCCUGCGCUUCCUGUGCUGAUAGGCAUGUCCGUUUCUCAAUUCUUUCGACGACAGUUAUAACGACUCGAUGGGCCCCAGUCUAGAAGAUGAAGAGCGUGCACUCAUUGCCCUGUACGGGCCCAAGGAAGAUUGGCCGCAUGAUUCCAGAGGGCCUGAGAUAGCGGCUUCGGUCUGGGUCGCUUUUAGCUUCGCCGCCAUAUUUGUCGCCUUGAGAUUCUGGACUCGCAUCAAGAUUGUCCGGAGUCUUGGUGCCGCAGAUUGGCUGGUCCUUGCAUCACUUCUCUUAGCUGCAGGCAUGUCGGCCGUGAUGACAGUGGAAGUUGGCUAUGGAAUGGGGAAACACGUAUAUGAUGUUGAGCCGAAAGAAAACUUUCUCAAGAUGCUCAAGACAUGGUAUUUUUCCCUGUUGUUCUACUGCGUCUCCUUGGGACUCAGUAAGAUUUCGAUUUGCGUGAUAUACGUGACCAUCUUCACGUAUGACUGGGCGAAGAAAUGUUCGUGGGCGAUGCUCAUCUUCGUUGUUGUGCAAAAUCUGUGGGCACUCGGCACCACGCUCACCUUUUGCAUUCCACUCCAGUCUGUGUGGGAUCCCAGAGUCAAGGCCAGCUACUGUCAUUCCGAGUCUAUUUGGUGGGUUAACACCAGUUUGGGCGUCUUUACAGACUUUCUGAUCUUUCUCCUCCCGAUCCCGAUGAUCAUGCCACUGAAACUUCCUCGACGACAAAAAAUCGCCGUCACCGCCGUCUUUGCGAUUGGCUUUUUCAUCUGCAUCGUCUCCGUCAUCCGCCUCAGCAUCAUCGUUUGGUUGAAAAGCAACCCGCACGUAGAUUACACCUACGUCAACGCCUUGUCGAGCCACUGGACGUCACUCGAGAUUCACAUAUCCAUCCUUGUCGCCUGCGCCAUGACACUCAAACCUCUCAUCACGCGCCUCUUUCCCAAUUUACUCGAGCCUCCAUCAGGGGAGAGCACAGGACUGCCGAGCGGUGGGGGGGCAGGCAGCAACGGAGGAGCACAGCUGACGAUCGGGUCGAGGCCAUUGCGGAAUCAGCCGGCGCCGACACGGCCUGGGGCCGGCGGGGACUGGUUGGAGACUGUCGCCGAGGAGGGGCCGACGGUGAGAAACAACGAUAACAACAACAACAACAACAACAAAGAAAAUAAUGCAAUAGAGGACGUUGCCCUCAGGGAUAUCGAUGUCGAGGCGCAGUCACAUCAGCACCAUCGGCCGAGGCAAUCGAACGCCGCCUCCACGAAGGGGGAGAGAGAGAACAAGGAGCUGGGAUCCGACACUCAUUUGGCACGAGGCAGUAUUGUGGAGGAACUGCCCGAAUUUUUGAGACCGGGGAGCAGGCCGUAUGCGAAGGGGGAUGCGGCGUCGGUUAGUACGCAGGCUUCUUUAUUGGGUCCGGAGGUUACGGCGAGGUCGAUUGGAUAAGAUAUAUUUGUUUAAUAAUGGGAUGAAAGUGCAUGUCAUGGACUGAAUGAUUCUCGGUUUGGGGGGGCGGGGGAGGGGGUUGGGAUCAUGACGUUCUUAUGGUUUAGUCUUGGGAUGGGUUUGUGUUGCUGCUGAUGUCUGCCCUUAUUUUCGUGUUGGCCCUGGAUGGGAUAUGAG